UUCAGAACUCGAAAAAUGUCGUCGUUCGACAAAAAUGACGAGCGAGCUCAGCUGAUGGUGCCAAAAUCAAUAAACGAGGGAAAAGUAGUGAAAUUGUCACAGAAAACCCUAGUUACUAAGAAAAUUGAGCGCCAAGUUGUUCCCGAGGAGAAGUACAUUGCUGGACUUGAUAAAAUUAUAGAAAAAGAUUAUUUUCCACAUCUCAAGAAAAUGCAGGCACAGAAAGAGUAUUUGGAGGCUGUUGCAAAUAAGGACAUUAAUAAAAUAAAAGAACUUCAAAUGAAGUUCUGCAGUACUGGAAGUGUGCGGACCGAUAGAAGCUUCAGAACCCCAAUAACAACUCGUUCGACAACUGAGGCUCCUGAUGUUUCAUCUUUCGAUGCAGAUACACCGGGCCCUUCAUCUGCUUCAACUUCGAGUGCACAUGAUUGGAUGCAAUCUCCAAUGCCUUUUGCUAAUGAGGAAGGAGAUAAUGAGGCGUUAAAUCGGAAACGAAAAAAGAAGAAAGAAGAGACUUUAACGUCAUAUCUCAACAAAUACACAUCAGAAGACAAUGCUUCCUUCGAGGAAUUGGCGAAAGUUAUGAGGGAACGAGAAGAUGCACGUCGUCCUUGGGUUUAUAAAGCCGAGGAAGAGCAUAACAAAAACCUUGUGACUCGACAAGCAAUUGCUGCUGAAGCUGACGUGCAGUUGGCUUUAAAACAUGCUGUAGAUGCUGAUGACAAUAGACCUCUGAAUGUAGACAAUUGGGCAUACAAAGCAUGGAACACUGUACUCUUCAAUCCGGAUGGGGCAGCUCUGACACCUGCAGAGAUUGCAGAUGCAGCUAGAAAACAGCAAACUGAAAUAAAUAAACGUGGCACUAGGUUUCCAGACUCCGGAAAAUUGAAGCCUAGCGACGAAGCUAUGACUCGAGCAGCAGUGAGCCAUGCUCUCGCGAAUGCCGGAAAAGUUGAUUUUUUGGGAAAUGAAGUAACUCCAGCCAACUCAUUCAAAUUACUCGAAACACCGAAUCCAAAUCCUGACGACAUGGAUUCUCCUCUUAUGACUUGGGGAGAAAUUGAUGGAACACCAUUCCGACUUGAUGCGCCUGACGUUACAGAGCAUUCGUUGCCUGGUGCGGCGCCUGUAUUCAAGAUACCAGAGGUUCCGUAUCGGGAGAAAAUUGCACAAUCUAUGAAUGAUUCAAUCGCGGCCAAAUAUAGAGACAAGAGAAAAGUUGCGAUGAGAGCAGCUGAAGGAGCUCAUUUCAGCCGAACACCUGGAUUUGGAUCCAAGCGAGUCUCAGACAAGCUUGCACAAUUAUCUCCUGCUGCUCAAAAGUUGGCAACCAAGAAGCUUGGAUUAAAAAUGUUACCUGCUCACAAAUCUCCUUUCGCCUCGCCGAAAAUCAUGUCGAAUUGGUCAAGACCGUCAAGUUCAAAGCGAUCCACAACUCCUGGUUCUGCAUGGAGUCGUGGUUCUACUACACCUGGAUCAUCUUGGAGCCAAGGAGCACAAACUCCUGGCACACCUGGGAUUGAAUCUAUGAUCCGAAGAAAAGGGGAUAACGUCGGACCUUCAACAUCAGCCGGAGCUGCAGAUAGAGCAAAUGCUGGAGACUUUUUCUAAUAUUAUAAGAUUAGUAUAAUUUAGAUCUGUAUAUUUUGUUCUCAUGUGCCUUAUAGACACGGUUUAUUAUUUAUGACAAUGGCCUAAUAAUUGAUAGUAAAUUCAUUUAUUAUAAUU